AAGUAAUUGGCCUUAUGAAUAUCAGUCAUAAUAUACAUGAAUUGAAGAAAAUGGAAAAUCAUGAUCAUUGGGUCCAAUCAGUAUGCUUCUCUCCUGAUGGCUCUACAUUAGCUUCAGGUAGCUUAGAUGACUCUAUUCGCUUAUGGGAUGUUAAAACAGGAUUACAAAAAUACAAAUUGGAAGGUUAUGAAUAUCACGAAUAAGGAUUCAACUCGGUAUGCUUCUCUCCUGAUGGUAUUUAAUUGGCAUCUGGUGGUACUGAUAACUUUAUCCGUUUAUGGGAUCUUAAGACAGGAGAAGAAAUAGUCUAAUUCAGUGGUCAUAAAAGUUAAGUCUCCUCAGUAAGCUUCUCUCCUGAUGGCAUUAAAUUAGCAUCUGGUAGUGGAGAUAAAUCUAUCCGUUUAUGGGAUGUUAAGACAGGAUAACAAAAAGCAAAAUUCGAGGGUCAUAGUGAUAGAGUCUGGUCAAUCUGCUUUUCUCCUGAUGGUACGGCAUUAGCAUCUGGUAGUGAUGAUAAUUCUAUUUUUUUAUGGGAUGUUAAUACAGGAUAGAAAAAAGACAAAUUGAAUGGUCAUGAUGAUUCAGUAUACUCAGUAUGCUUCUCUCCUGAUGGUACUACAUUAGCAUCUGGGAGUGGAGACAAAUCUAUCCGUUUAUGGGAUAUUAAGACAGGAUAAUAAAAAGCAAAAUUCGAUGGUCAUAGCAAUAUUGUAGUAUCAAUCUGCUUUUCUCCUGAUGGUACCACAUUAGCAUCUGGUAGUUACGAUAACUCUAUUCGUUUAUGGGAUGUUAAGACAGGGCAAUAAAAAGCAAAUUUGGAUGGUCAUAGUGAAAGAGUCUUAUCAAUAUGCUUCUCUCCUGAUGGUACUAUGUUGGCAUCUGGAAGUGGUGAUUAAUCUAUCCGAUUUUGGGGCGAUAAAUCAGAGAAAUGAAUUUAUUAUUCAUAAAAGCAAU